AUGUCGAUGGAACCGAAAAGGGUAUCAACGAACCUUGCCACCAUGUAUGGUAGGCUUGCCACAGGUCACGAACGGAUGAAAAUUUGCUUCUGCACCGAUCUGGACAAAUCGGUGCUGAUCAGCAACUUUGAGAAGCGUGGCUGGGUGCAGGUGACGGCUGAUGACGACUGGAACUUCUACUGGGCCGGUACGGGCACUUGUCGAAACAUUUUCAGCGUUGACAGUGGAUACCGGAUGCACGAUAACCAGCUCAUCAACCACUUCCCGAACCAUUACGAACUGUCGCGCAAAGAUUUGUUGGUAAAGAACAUCAAACGCUACCGGAAGGACCUCGAGCGGGAUGGGAACCCGUUGGCGGAAAAGACGGAAGCAAACAUUCCUGGAGGUUCCAAGUAUUUGUACCUCGACUUCAUACCGAUCACGUUCGUGCUGCCGGCCGAUUACAACAUGUUCGUGGAGGAAUAUCGCAAAAAUCCGCAAAGCACGUGGAUCAUGAAACCGUGCGGUAAGUCUCAGGGUGCAGGCAUUUUCCUCAUCAACAAGCUGUCCAAGCUGAAGCGCUGGUCCCGAGAGGCGAAAACAUCCUUCCAUCCGCAAAUUGGCAAAGAGAGCUACGUCAUUUCAAGAUACAUCGAAAAUCCCCUGCUGAUUGGAGGCAAAAAAUUCGACCUUCGAUUGUACGUUCUGGUGACUUCGUUUCGCCCACUGAAAGCGUACCUGUUUCGGCUUGGGUUUUGCCGCUUUUGUACGGUAAAGUACGACACAAGCGUUACGGAGUUGGACAACAUGUACGUCCAUCUUACAAAUGUUAGCGUGCAGAAGCAUGGUGGUGAAUACAACAAUCAUCAUGGCGGCAAGUGGAGUGUGCAAAAUCUACGCCUGUACCUCGAGGGCACACGUGGGAAGGAAGUAACGGAUAAGUUGUUUGGGUCCAUCACUUGGCUUAUAGUACACUCGUUAAAAGCAGUCUCAAGUGUUAUGGCCAGUGAUAGGCACUGCUUCGAAUGCUACGGUUACGAUAUCAUUAUAGAUAAUACAUUGAAACCGUGGCUGGUCGAAGUGAAUGCUUCGCCGUCACUAACUUCAACAACGGCCAACGAUCGAAUCCUUAAGUACAAGCUGAUAGACAACAUUCUAAACAUUGUGCUGCCACCCGACGGAGUACCAGACGUGCGAUGGAAUAAAAUUCCAAGCCCGGAUAUGUUGGGAAAUUUUGACCUGCUGAUAGAUGAAGAAAUAGCAGCACAGGACGAUAACAUACAAAAUAGCAACAAUGGAAAACAUCGCUCAAACAGCAAUCGAUGGAAAUAGCAGUU